AUGUUUUACUACCCAGACGUCCUCCUGCGCCGCACUGGAUGUUUUUCCACAGUUUGGUUAGCAGCCACCAGAGGUAUCAGGGUUACCCGCAGAGAGCUUCUCAAAGUCAAUGUCAGGAGAACAUGCGGAGACAUUUUGGACUAUGUGACAGCUCAGGUUCCUCCACCGCAACCCAACAUACCGAGGCCUCGCUUCUCUCUCUACCUGUCAUCUCAGCUGCAGUAUGGGGUGGUUGUAGUCUACCACAGGCAGUGUGGCUUCCUGCUCGAGGAUGUCCAACAGACCAUUGACCGCCUGCUGCGCUCUAAGAGAUGCAUAAAUAUAGACAUGGCUGAGCCUGACAGGUUGGCCUUGGAUGUGCCUGACAGCCUGUACAUGAUGGAGGAGGCAGAGGGAGCUCAGGACCCCUUUUUCGGUGUCAUAGAAGCACACAAACUACCCAGCCCCUAUAAAAUACACCAGUCAACAUUGGUGAUUGAAGAGGCAGGUUCACAGCACUCCCUGGUGCCCAGUCCCCACACCGCACUUGAUGGUUUCAGGUCACCUCCAGCUGCCAUCUCCCUGACAGAAAAGGAGCAGUUCAUCAUCACCGCUGCUGAGAAUUUUGAGGGAGAUGACCUUCCUGAAGUCACAGCCAGAGAGAUCGACUUGUUGAUGGAUCAACCAGACCAGUUCCGUGGAGAGGUGGAGGAGCAGCAGACUGACCGGAGGACCAGGGAACUUGAAGGCGCCAUGUCCUCCAUUGACCAGCUGAAGGAGACAGUGCUGGGAGCAGAGCGGGACAGUGUGUGGCAGCUAGACGAGAAGUCGGGUCACCUGGUGGAGGUUCCUUUGGCAGCUAUUGCCCUAGAGAUGACCCCUCCGCAGGUUGCUAUGCCAACUCCCCCCUCUGGGGCAUCUGGGAAAGAGGGAGACGGAGCAACAGACAGUUCCUGUGAGGUGACUGUUCCUCCUCAUAGGAAGCCCGGUGGAGGUCGCAGGCGUCAGCUGGUCUUUGCAGACCCUGAGGUCCAGAUAUCUGAGAGAACAAUGAAGGAGCAGAUUGAAAACCCACUGGCUGAGACACUGGAACUGUCCAAGGUGUUGCUGGACUUGCCUGCCUUCACCCAGCGUGCCACUCCUGCCCAGCUCUUCACCGCCCCCUGUGGAUCCCUGCUCCAUGCUGACCUCCAGUCACUAUGGAAACAGUGUGCCUCAAUCACCGUCCUGCCUGGACCUGGGGAAAAACAGAGAGGGGAGGAGGAAGAGGAGGAGGAGGCGAGAGGGGAGUCAGAGCAGGACAGAGAAAUACUUAGGGCAGAGAGGAAGAGGAGGCACUCAAGCAGGAGAGAGAUAUCCAGUGAGUCAGGACUGCAGCCCGCAGAGAGCUCAUCUGUAUUAGAUGUGAUUAUGGACAUGUCCAAAGAGGACAGAUCUGUAAACGAUGUGAUCACUCCUGCCAGCAGAUGGUCUCCACAAGAGGAGGCCCAGCCACCAAUGGAGCCCAUAGCAGAGGAGAACAUCGAGAUACCCGAGGCUCUGACUGACACAGAGAGCAGGGACAUGCUGAGUUGGAUCUCCUCCAGCCUGCAGAGGUUUGGAGAGGUCACCUUUGACUCUCUGGUGCCCCCAAAGGCUGACCGCAGCACUGCAGCUCACACACUCUACAAACUGCUGGAGCUGUUGUCUGCUCGAGAGGUGACUGUACAUCAGACUCAACCCUACAGUGACAUCAUCAUUAACCCUGCAGCGCUCAGGGUGACCGCCUGAACACACACAUACAGUUACUCUCACUAAAGUCCUGUUGAGGUACAGUUAAUAUUUUUUUAUUGAUGAAUGAAUGAAUUGUAUCCUUUGGCUUUAACACGCAUCAGCUCUCACACUCCCCUGAUGUCUUUCAUUAUAAAAAACGGAUUACAAGAUUUAAAUGUUUUUAUA